AUGGCUUCACGUGGUCGUGCUGCUGGGAAAUUGGUCCAACCCGAUGGCCAUCCCAAUACAACUUCCAGUCAAUCCAAGUCCCCUGGUUAUCCUGCGAAUCCGGCAAUUCGAAAAUAUUUCGCAGCCCCCAACCUGUCGGAUGGGGUUCCCCUUCCGCGCGGCCAAACGGAGGACUGGCGCAAAAAGUCCGAGCUUCCUACUACGGAAGAGAUUCUAGGAUUGAAUGACGGUUCGAGUGAUAUUCUGUUGCUUCCGAAUCAUAUAUCCGGUCCCUGGCCUUCAACGGAGCUUUAUCUCAACGCUCACUACAACUUGAUCCGCGAAGAUGCCGUCGCAAACCUCCGAGAUGCGGUGCUUUAUGUUCGAACUUAUCCUCGCAUGAGUGAUAACGGCAACAUUGCAAUCUACGAGAAGGUUUUCAUUGUGCAAGUGACACUGACAAGCUCGGGAAUUGCUUUCCGCGUUCAAUUCUCCACACGUCGUGCCGGCAAAAGAAUACAUUGGAAAUACUCCAGCCGCCUUAUUACCGGGAACAUCGUAGCUUUGUCCCCGGUGGAAGACUUUUUUUCAACAAAGUGCAUUGUGGGUGUUGUUGCGGCCAGACCUGUCGACAAUCUUGAAAAAACCCCACCGGAGGUAGAUAUUUAUUUUGCCCAUUCAGAGGAUAUCAAGUUCGACCCCCAGCAAGAAUGGAUUAUGGUACAAGCACGAUCGGGGUAUUACGAGGCUCACCGACAUACUAUGAAAGCCUUGCAGAAGCUAUCACAAGAACAGCGACAACAUAUAUGUGCCUUGGAAACCGAAAUUGGUGCACCUCAAUAUGUCUUGGACAAGCCAGUGAUGAACUUCCAAGCUCUCUCUCCGCCUACCGCCAAUGGUAAUACGAGUUUCAACAUCCUCAAUGAUUUCCCUACCACUCCGAUGGCAGGACUCAACCCUCACCAGUGGCAAGCUCUGGAGCAUAUGCUGUCAAGAAAUAUCUCUAUCAUACAGGGUCCCCCAGGUACUGGCAAGACAUUUGUGUCAAUCGUCUUCUUGAAGCUCCUAUUGUCGCAGAUGACCCCAAACGAUCCUCCUAUCAUCAUUGCGACACAUACAAACCAUGCACUGGAUCAGCUUCUCAGCAUCAUCGCUCAAUUUGAGGAUAACUACAUUCGAUUGGGGUCAAGGAGCGUAGAUCCCGAAAUUCGGAAGCGAAUGCUCUACGAGAUAAAGAAGUCUCUACCAAUGCCUACCAUAACUGGUGGACUUUUCGGCCCGGCAAGAACUGAUCUUCAAAGGCUGUCCGCACAAGUAGCAGAGCUUCUCACGCCGUUCGACCAAGAGGGUAUCCAUGGCCCAAUCAAGCCAUCCACCUUUGCCGAUUAUGGCCUGCUAACACAGAUUCAAUCCGAUUCACUCAAGGACCUCGAACAGUGGGGAUCUUCUGCACCCGCGGGAAAUGAUACAAAUCAUAUUGCAGCGUGGCUCGAUGAUCAGGUAGAAGAGUUCAAUCUCAAUCACUGGAUCGAAGAGACUGUGUUCACUGAAGAUGAUAUCGACAUGGAGUACGAGCAGCUCAAAGAGCUCGAGGCAGAACAGGGACCGAACGAAGAUGAAUACGAGGCUCUCAAUGGUAGAUCUCUUCAAUUCAGGACAACACAUCGGGGAGUUGAAGACUCAUCGUACUCAAAACAAGAGAUCCGAAAUUAUCUCUUAAUGAGUGAUCUGACGAAGAUUCCCGUCAAAGCACGGGGGCCCGUGUACAAUCUGCUGCGGGAUGAGCUUCUGGAUCUGGUGAAUGCUAAAUUGCGCACUGUUACCGAGUCAUACGACUUCUACAGUGACAGACUCAAGGUCGGUAGGUGGGAGCGAGAUUUCGAGACUCUGCGGAAAGCCAAGCUAGUAGCCAUGACAACGACUGGGCUGAGCAAGUAUCGUGGGCUUGUAUCAAGCUUGCAACCUCGAACUGUACUAAUCGAAGAAGCCGCCGAAGUCCUCGAAGCUCCAACCACUGUUGCAUGCCUUGAAUCUAUCCAGCAGCUGAUUCUUGUGGGUGAUCAUAUGCAACUAAAAGCGAAGUGUACGUUGAUGGAUCUUGCCGGGGAGCCCUUCUUCCUAGAAACUUCCAUGUUCGAACGCUUGGUCCGAAACGAUAUACCUUACGUGCAGCUUCAGGAACAACUAAGAAUGGUCCCCGACAUUCGAGAGCUUCUGAUGCCUAUCUAUGGCAGUCUGUAUGAUCAUCCCUCUGUGCUCAAAACUGCCCCCAUCCCGGGAAUGGGUGAUCUUCGAUCGUUCUUUUUCACGCAUGAGUGGCCUGAAAGCGGAGACAGUCUCACUUCUAAGCUCAACGAAUGGGAAGCCAUCAUGGUUGUGGAGUUCUAUGUCUAUCUGGUGCUUAAUGGAAUUUCGAUAUUCGACAUGACCGUUCUGACGUUUUACAACGGCCAGAGGAAGUUGAUUCUCAAGCACAUGAGGACAAAUAAGUACCUCGCUCAUCAUGCACCCAAAGUUGUCACGGUCGACUCGUACCAAGGAGAGGAAAACGAAAUUGUUCUACUCUCGCUCGUUCGGAGCAACAAGAGUAAUGGAAUCGGGUUUCUCACCUCUGACAACAGAGUGUGCGUUGCAAUCUCUCGGGCAAAGAGAGGCCUUUACCUGUUCGGAAAUUCUGAAAUCCUGGAGCAAUUCAGUCCUCUUUGGGGCAGCAUCAUUACGAUUCUUAGAUCUUCAAAUGGCGAUCCACGGAUUAGCGGCAUCCUUCCCUUGACCUGCAAGAAGCACAAGAAUGAAACUUUGAUUCGGGUACCCGGAGAUUGGAAAACGAUCAAAGGGGGCUGCAGGGAAGCUUGCGGAGAGGAACUCGGUUGUGGGCACAAAUGCACGCUUUUAUGCCACGGCUUCGACCAUUCACUGGAAUGGACUACUUGUCAACAACCAUGCACCCAUGUGCAAAAGUGCUGUAAGUUGCCUUGCACAGAUAUCUGUGGCAAAUCCCACCAUCACUCAUGCGACUGCAUUAUGAACGACAAAUUCAGCACAAUGCCUAUCAUGGAAAAGCCCCCGGUUGAUCAUAGGGCUGGAAGGCCCUGGCCCAAUGGAGCUUCCGAGGCUGCACAAAAAGCCCGAAGGCAGGUCAUCGCCAUGGAUGGAGUGAGCUCAUGGGGCCAAUUCGUCAGCAACGCCCGUGCUGGUAACAUUGACAGAGCAAACAUGGGCGUUUUUCAAAGUGUGGGCUCUCAGGAUGUUCAGGAGGGGCUCAAGCGAGCCACUGAAACGUACAUUUCUCUAGCCUCGAAAAGGCUGAACCAAGAACCAGCUAGCACCGCCGCUAGCAAAGGUCUCGUUAAACCUUCCAACUCCGAGUAUUCGCCUAUCAACAACCCCGCGGCACUACCCCCUGCUGAUCUUAUCGACCUUGACUAG